GCACACUUCUGAUGUUUCAACUUUGUUCUGUUUGUUCUGCUCAUGCACACUUCUGAUGUUUAAGCUUUAUUGUUUCUUCUUGGAUAUUUCAACUUCUUUCAACACUUGCAGUACUAAAUAUAUUUUUCGGUCUUUUGCUCUUGCUUUCUUUUUUUGGAUUUGUUAGUUUUUAUUGCUUGUAAGUAUUGUUAGUGUGUCUGCUCUAUAUUGUGCGAAAGAUGUUUGAUGGUAUGUUGUAAUGAACUUUGUUCCCUUCUAUAACAGUACACUCAUAGAUUCUACAGUUAAAAAAUUUACAGCAUUUACCCUUGCAUGUGUGCGUUAGCAUUACGGAAAGUUUAUGAUUUCAAAAGAACUCUUAACUGUUAUGCCUCUCAUUGUGAAGAUAAAGACAUAUGGCACCAAGAAUGAAUAUUGACGGAAUAACUCCUGACACUCUUGAUUGGACUUGCAAAGUCCAAAUUGUGGACAUGAGUCGAGACCGAUUAAGUUUGGAGAAAAAAAUUCGAUUCCAAAAUCUGAUUUUGGAAGACGAACAGGAACAACAAAUCAGGGCAGUUGUAUAUGGUGAUGAUAUUGACUAUUAUGCAGAGAAGCUUGUACUUUCUGAUACAUAUCUAAUCUCUACUGCCAUGGUGAAAGUUUCACUACCUUUGUAUGGAAGAAUAAUACAUAAAUUUUAUUGGGUGCUUGAUAAAGAAGCUCUAAUUGAACAUGUCGAACCACAUAACGAGCUUGAGAAACCACUAUUGCCACCGACCAAGCUACAUACCACAACUUUUGCGAGUAUUGCUCAUAUGACUCCAGCUCCUAAUGCAGAAAUUGUUAUUAUAGGAGUUGUUCUCCAUUCUGGCCCUUCAAAAUAUGCUGGCCGCACUCAAAAUAGGUGUCGUGAGGUUACUAUUGUUGAUGAUCAACGAAACCAAUUUCUAAUCACUUUAUGGGACGACUUCGGAGAAAUUGAAGGAACUGAAUUGGAAGCUCAAAUGGAAAAUGGUAAAGAGUUCCCUGUAAUCCUUGGAAGGAACAUUGGAGUCUCUGGUUAUCAAGGUUUAUCCUUGCAAACUAGAUUCAACUCCACAAUACGCAUAAAUCCUACUUAUCCGCAGGCAAUGUGUCGGCCAACUUCGCAUGGUCAUCCACCACUCUUAUCAUGAAUCCUGUGCACCGACAAGUCAUUUCUAUUGCAGAAAUUAAAUCAGCAGCUUCAGUUGGAGUUUUCUGCAUUGAGGCCGAAAUGUCAAUAUCAGAUGACCUUCAAAAGUUUUGUGUGCUAGAAUGUUCGGCUGCAAACAGAAAAAGUGCACAAAAGACAGGAAGCAAUUUGAUUGCGCAAAAUGUCAAAGAAAGACAACAUUAGUGCCUCGGUGUACCUUCCAAAUUGAUCUGAUUGAUGGCAGCGGUUCAACAACUGCUUUCAUUUCUAGUGAUCCUGCUGAAAAACUUCUCUCCAUGAAGGCAGAGGACAUAUUUGACACAGCAUGUGUCAAGAACCAACUUCUCCAUGUUGAUCAGACCCAAAAAAUGUUAUCGAAGAGACUAUUUUACAUUCAACUGAGGAAGUCAUCCUGGACAAGCUCACCUGUUACUCAGUCAACUGUAACAAUUCUGUCCUACACGGAAAAAGAGCAUGUAUCUCUACCAAUCAGUAGCGAAAGGAGCAUUAAAAAGGCCAAAUCGUUAGACGCAAAUGAGGUAGAGAUGAAAUCAACAUUUGUUGAAUCUGAAUCUUCCAGCAGUGGUAUCUCAAUUGAACCAGCCACGCCAAUCAAGAAGCUGUGAAAGGAACUAUCUUCCUCAUUUUGCUACUUUUGGUUACUGAAAAAUAAUAGUUUUUGGGAUUCUCAAUCUGCACAACCUCAAUUGGUAUGAAGGACCAGUUAUUACAAGUUGGGGAGAAGGAAGUAACAAAGAUGGUAUGCAACUUUUCCAAGUUUUUGGGCGGCCUCAGUGAUUCGAAUUUUUCGUCAAGUGGAUAUGCCACACUCAGUUAGGUACCCUGAUAUCUUCCUACGCUAUAAAUUCUGGGACUGGAGAAGCUUGCUUGGACUCCAAUUCUACCAUCAUGUUGUUCUAGAUUAAGAUAUUGUCAUCUUGAACUAAAAACUCCCAACACCUUUAACUUUUUGGCUUGUAUUAUCAGUACUUCUACAACACCAUUUUCGAUCAGUGUAUCUGCACUCACACUUGUGUCUAUUGUAAAUAUUAUGAAGCUUAUAUAUAAUAGUGUAUGAUGUUAAGCUUGUACUCCAGUA